AUAAAAAUAGUAUGGAUAAAAAGUAAGUACACAACAAUGAUUGUGAUCUUAAAUAAAUAUAACUUUUGGAAUGUUCUUUUAUUCAUAAUGUUUGCAAUGAUAGCUUGAUAAUAAGCUAGAGAAAAAUAAACAUUAUAAAUUAAUUUUCGCAAAAGAUGUUAGCUUGCGUGAAAAAUUGUGUCCUAGCGGGUGGAAAAAAACCAUUGUCGGUAAUAGUGACUGUUAGUUAAUGUCAUCAAGGUCUAGUCUAUCGUCGACGGAAAAAUUUAAAAAAGAUCUUUAUGCAAGUCUGCAUAUAACAAGUACAUAAACUAGUCGAGCUUUCCAUUUUAUUAUCACGCAACUUGUCAAUUCAUUAUGACAUUAAUUGACACCAAAUAUUAUCUUAGAUGAUUAUUCUGUUAUUAUUCUUGCAACUUCUGUCAAUUACCUCUACAACAACACACUGUAUUUACAUUUUUCUUUUUUCUUUUUCAAGCAUUUGUAGUAAUAAUGUGAUUAAAUGCAAAUUUGUGAUCAUUGAUAAAAUGAGUUCAGAGACCUACAUCAGAAAAUUACGUGGCUUUGCUGGUGAAUCCACGGAAAAUGAAUUAUUUACGCUUAAUACAGUGCACUUACAAAAUCCGUACAAAGUCUCACAGCGUUUUGAAGGCUUUAAUAACUCUCGUCUCAAUGCAUUAAAGCUCCGGUCUAAUCUCUUUCCAAAGGUAGAUGAUGUCGACAAAACUAUUCAAGUUCGUAAAAAUACAUGGACUCAGGAUGAUAUUAAAAAUAUUCUGCCAACACAAAAAGAGAAAAUCCAAAUGUGCUUUCGGAAAAUAAAAUUCAAUUCAUUCUUGGAGCAAUAUUGCUCCAAUAGUACUUUACAUGGUCUUCGUUAUCUUGGAGAUUCUCAAGUAUCUGUUAUUGAGAAAUUAUUUUGGAUCUGUGCAUUCAUAUGUGCAUUUCUCAGUGCAGCUUACUUUAUAUUACAUUUAUAUAACAAGUGGCUAUCAUCUCCAAUAAUUAUUUCGAUGAAUCCUGAGCCAGUAUCUUUCGAAGAAUUUCCGUUUCCCUCGGUGACUAUUUGCAAUAUGAAUAAUGCCAAGAAGAGCGAGGCUGAUCGCAUUAAUAAUGGGUAUCAAGCAUUAUUGAUUAGUAAAAUAAUUAACUCAGUAUAAUUUUAAAUAUCCAACUGUUUAUAAUCAAUACUUUAUUUAUUUAGAAAUGAAGAUUUAGACAAACUGUUGUUGGAGGAUAUUUGUAACUCCAGAAAUGAAACCGAGGUUGAUGAAGUUUUUGGAUCAGCAAACUGGACCAAUGUUUUGCGUUUUAUGAUUAAUGUAAU